AUGAACAGGGAACACAUCUCAAACUUGUCCUCUGCGCUCAGACAGGUCAGCAUUUCACAGGAUCCACAGCAGGCACAACAGCAGUCCACGGCUAAUUCCAAUGCUCAACUCCAGCAUCUCGAGAGCAGCUUUGGCAACCAAUCACAGCAGACACAGUCACGUAUCACGCAUUUCUUCAAGAACCAGCCGGAGGAGGGGUUCACACUGUUCUCGCAUCGUUCUGCUCCAAACGGGUUCAAAGUGGCGAUAGUGCUUAGUGAAUUAGGGCUAGAGUAUAAUACCAUCUUUUUGGACUUCAACGCUGGGGAACAGAGGGCACCAGAGUUCGUCUCGAUAAAUCCAAACGCAAGGGUCCCAGCACUUAUAGACCACUCGAAUGACAACCUCUCUAUUUGGGAAUCAGGCGCUAUAAUCUUGUACCUGAGUGUCCUCUAUGGCCUGCAAACCAUCUCUGAACAAUCACAGAUCAUGUCCUGGGUCUUCUUCCAGACGUCGGGACAUGCCCCAAUGAUCGGACAGGCUCUACACUUUAGAUAUUUCCAUACACAACAGGUGCCCUCCGCGGUGCAGCGUUAUACUGAUGAGGUUAGACGUGUUUAUGGGGUUGUUGAGAUGGCCCUUGCCGAGAGACGUGAGGCCUUAAUCAUGGAGCUGGACACUGAAAAUGCCGCUGCCUACAGCGCAGGUACGACUCCACUAUCACAGUCGAAGUUCUUUGACUACCCUGUUUGGCUUGUUGGAGAACGCAUCUCCAUUGCAGACCUGGCAUUUGUUCCUUGGAACAACGUUGUGGACCGCAUAGGAAUCGACAUCAAACAAGAAUUCCCAGAGGUUUACAAGUGGACAAAAAAUAUGAUGAGAAGACCUGCUGUCGUAAGGGCUCUAAGAGGCGAACAAUGA